AUGGACAUCGGUCUCCGGCGUCUCUUCCCUUGGGUCUUCGUCGUUGCUGACAUCCCCUGUGCAAUUCUCGGUGCAGAUUUCCUCGCCGCUUUCGAUCUUCUGGUCGACUGCCGUCAGUCACGUCUACACGACAUGACCAUCAACCUCACUGUCCGGGGUAUCUCUUCCUCCGACGCCUCCCGUCAUCUUGCCGUCUUGGACCCUGAACCUGAGAAUCCAUUUCGGCAACUCCUCGCCAAAUACCCCGGCCUCACUCCUCCCAACUUCAACGUUUCUAUUCCACCACAUGACGUUGUUCACCACAUUCGGACCACCGGCCCUCCCGUGUUUUCUCGCCUCCGCCGUCUCGCGCCUACACGUCUUGCUGCCACCAAGGCCGAAUUCGAGCACAUGCUUCAAAUGGGCAUCAUCCGUCAGUCUGACAGCCCAUGGGCCUCACCCCUCCACGUGGUUCCAAGGGCCGCCACUGGUGACUGGCUUCCCUGCGGUGAUUACAGGGCCCUGAACAACGUUACUGUCCCGGACCGCUACCCUGUCCCACAUCUUCAGGAUUUUUCCGGUGCCCUAUUCGGCAAAUUUGUAUUCUCGAAGAUCGAUCUGGUCCGUGCUUUCCACCAAAUUCCCAUAGCCCCAGAGGACGUUUCGAAGACGGCCGUUACCACCCCCCUUGGCCUCUUUGAGUUCCUGCGCAUGCCGUUUGGACUUCGCAACGCCUCCCAGACCUUCCAAAGAUUUGUAGAUAGAGUGCUUCGCGGCCGAUCAUUUGUCUACGCCUAUAUCGACGACCUUCUAGUAGCCAGCUCCACCAGCGAAGAACACAUGGAGCAUCUGGCAACGGUGUUUGACCGCCUUCAACAAUUUGGCGUUGUUCUCAACCCGUCCAAGUGCGUCUUCGGUGUGCCCUCCCUAGAAUUUCUCGGUCACCUGUUCGACUCCCACGGCAUUCGGCCUCUUCCCUCAAAGGUUGCCUCCAUUCGGGACUUUCCACCCCCUACCUCGAAGCGUCAGUUGCAACGGUUUCUUGGUAUGGUGAACUUUUAUCGCCAGUUUCUCCCGAGCUCUGCCGAUACCAUCCUACCUCUGACCAGUCUCCUCUCAGGUUCCAAGCGCACCUGUGAACUUACACCAGCAGCACUCACGUCAUUUGAGCAGGUAAAAGCCCUUCUGGCUGAUGCCACCCUCCUGACUCACUUUCAUGCUGAUGCACCCAUAUCUCUGAUGGUCGACGCCUCCAAUGUUGCUGUUGGCGCGGUUCUUCAACAAAGUCUGCCGGAUUCUACCGUGCCUUUGGCCUUCUUCUCCAAGAAACUAUCCAAAGCCGAAACCCGCUACAGCACAUUCGGACGUGAACUUCUCGCUGCUUAUCUUGCCGUAAGGCACUUCCGGCAUUUACUCGAAGGUCGAGAGUUCACAAUUUUCACAGAUCAUAAGUCGCUCACCUUUGCUAUGCAUUCCCACACUGACAAACUAAACCCCUGGGAAAUCCGCCAACUGGACUACAUCUCACAAUUUACCUCAGACAUCCGCCACAUCGACGGGUCACGCAAUGAGGUGGCUGACGCACUGUUCAGGCCCUCCAUCGCACAUCUCCAACUUUCUCCCGGGAUCGACCUAGCUGAGAUGGCCGCUGAACAGCGCCUUGUCGGUCCAUCCUGUGAUGAGCAUGUUUCCGGACUCCAUCUUUAG